AUCUUGUCUGGCUGGGCUGACCAGAACAGAGUAAACAGAGUGCGUGAUUUGUGAGAAGAAAGAAAACCCGCAACAACAAAAAAAGAAACUAAAUAUUUUCACAGCUGCGUUUUGGUGGAGCGGCCCACAAUCGCACAGCCUAAUACUGAUCGCGUGCAAAUACGGUAAAAGUUAAGCAAAUUCCACAAAUCCCAUGGCCGCAUCACCGCCGCCUCGUUACUCCACGCAUCCGUGCCGGGCGACUACAUGGCAGUGGUCGUAUCCGCUUCUGCUAUCGCUGCUCCAACUGUCGACCCUAGGCGUGUCCGCACUGCAGAAAGAGCUGACCAUCAACGUAGCGCCCGGCAAUGUGGACUGCUUCUUCGAAUCGGCCAAAGCCGGCCAAACGAUCGACAUCGAGUACCAGGUCAUAGACGGUGGGCACGGUGACCUGGACAUCAGCUUCGAGCUGGCGGAAGCAACGGGCCGGACCAUCUUUGCCGACUACAAAAAGUCCGACAACAUCCACCAGUUCCCGGUGCCGUACGAUGGCGAGUACAAGUUCUGCUUCGACAAUGGGUUCAGCCGGUCCAACAGCAAGACCGUGUUCUUCGAGCUGAUUAUCGGGCGGGAGGGCGACCAGGACGAUCCGGCCGGCUGGUCCGAUAUCGAUCUGCUCGACGGCCUGACGCCGGAAGAGUUCUACGACAUGAAGGUGCAGGACAUGGAGGACGCGAUAAAGCGGGUGCGCAACAACCUCACGAAGGCGCGCCAGCUGCAGGACGUGCUGCGUUCGCACGAGGCGCGCGACCGUAACGUGGCGGAGGAGAACUACUUCAAGGUGAACGUGUGGUCGUUUUUCCAGAUACUGGUCAUGGUGGCCGUCGGUACGCUGCAGGUGUUUAUGGUCAAAUCACUGUUCGAUGUGGAUUCGCGGGCGUACAAGCUGCUCACCAAGCUAUAACGCGCUGUUAGCAAUGGGAGCAAUCAUUACAACUCGAAUACUGAAAAGCGCACACACGGCCAUACCAAUGAUUGCCAUACAUACCAAAGCUUCAUACUCGUCAUCGUGUGGGUCUUGGUGCCCAUUUCGCCGCACGUCGUUGUGCAACGGGCGGAGAUAGACCUUUGCGAUCGCUAAUUUAAUGCGUUUUGAAGACGCAUCGAAACCAAGCCAAGUGCCAUACGAAGGUGGUACGACCAAGUACGUGAGUGAGAUCGUGAUCUUGAAACGAAUGUCAUCGAAAUACAACACGAAGGAGAUUUUAAUACGAA